AUGGCGACCGCCAACGUUCCCUACGCCAAACAGGAUACCCAAGAAGUCCAAAGCUUGAUCCGAAGUCUAGAAGCAAGCAUCGGCAAGGGCAAAAAGAGUAAGGGUUUUAGUUGCAAGUCGGCCAGCUUCAAUGUAGCUGGCUCGCCCAACAAUCUUCUCGUUCAUUCAUGGCGCUUCCAAGACUGGGACUAUAAGCUUGAUAACCUCCCAACAUAUGCUCGCGGUCUGUUUACGGGUAAGAACGAGCAUGGCCAAGCGGAAAUUUGCGUCCGUGGCUAUGACAAGUUCUUUAAUACCGAGGAGGUCAACGCUACCAAGUGGAGGAAUAUCGAGAACAACACCAAGGGCCCUUACGAACUAAGCCUCAAGGAAAACGGCUGCAUCAUUUUCAUGAGCGGUCUGUUUGACGGUACCCUGCUUGUUUGUAGUAAACACUCGACAGGUGCAAGAGGCGAUACCCUUAGCCAUGCCAAAGCUGCUGAGGCAUGGGUAGACAAGCAGCUGGCGGCCAUUGGCAAAACUCGAAGGGACUUGGCCAAAGAGCUGAGAACCAGAAAUGCUACCGCGGUCGCUGAAUUGUGUGAUGACGACUUCGAGGAGCACAUUCUUGCUUAUGGGAAGGGCGAUGCCGGACUCUAUCUCCAUGGAAUAAAUAUUAACCUUCCAGAGUUCAUGACAUACCCGGGCGACCAGGUUCAAGCAUUCGCCGAACAAUGGGGGUUUCGUAAAACCAAUUAUUUGAUUCGGGAGGACAUUGAAAGCACGAAGAAAUUCCUCGAGGAGGUAGCUGAAACGGGCCACUACGAUGGGCGAGACAUUGAAGGCUUUGUUAUCCGGUGUAAGACCAAAAUAGGUGGAAAAGGUCCAUAUGUGGACUGGUUCUUCAAGUACAAGUUUGAGGAACCUUAUUUGAUGUACCGGCAAUGGCGCGAGUGCACAAAAGCAAUCAUCUCCGGAAAACCACCACGCUUUCGAAAACACGUCUCGAUUACCGAGGAAUACCUUCUCUAUACUCGCAAGAGACUCGCGCAAAACCCGCGGCUUGGAAAUGCCUAUCAGCAAAACCAUGGUAUAAUCCAGCUGCGUGACGACUUUUUGAAAGAGAAAAAUCUCAAGGGAUCAGACAUUAUCCGUCAAGAGUAUGCUGCCUUAGGGGGUGCACCUGAAGAUGUAUCUAGUAACGUUAUUCUUGUGCCUAUUGCAACUCUAGGCUGUGGUAAAACCACUAUUGCACUUGCCCUAGCACAUCUGUUUGGCUGGGGCCACGUCCAAAACGACAACAUCACUGGAAAAGGUCGGCCCCCAAGAUUUACAAGAGAAGUGCUGAACCUCCUCGCGGACCAUCCAGUGGUGUUUGCGGAUAGAAAUAAUGCUCAGAGACAUGAAAGGACCCAGCUUGUGGGUGAUGUCCAUUUGACACAUCCUCAUGUCAAAUUGGUUGCACUCAAUUUUGUGCACACACCACAGUCGCUCGCGAAAAUCCGGGAAAUCACCCAAGCUAGAGUCUUGAAACGUGGAGACAAUCAUCAAACCAUUCAGGCGGCUUCUGACGCAAAUAAGGUCAUCGGCAUCAUGGAGGGGUUCAUUCAUAGAUUUGAAGCACUUAAUCCGCACGCCCAACCUGACGACGGUUUUGAUCAUGUUAUUGACCUUGACCCUACAAAGGACUCGAGGGAAAACCUGGAAACUGUCAUCUCCCAACUCAACGCUACUUACCCAAAAUUGUUCACCGACAUGCCCUCGGGUGAGGAUCUCGAUGAUGCUAUUGCGACUGCGCUGAGUGAAUAUAAACCCGAGAUUAGGCAUGAGAUCGGUAAAAACGGGGGUCCAAAAGGCAAGGGACCCAAGAAUCAACCAAAACAGCAGCCUCAGAAAGUCAGUAAACCGCGCCCACUUGAGUACAUAUCGGUCAAUUUACCCAAAGGUGAAAUUGAAAAUGUUCUAGAUGAAACAUUUGCCUCUGUGUCUUCGAAUAAGGCGAGAUUCUUCCGACAAUUGCAAGAAUCCCGUCGAGUUCAAGUUGAGUUUCAUGUCACCCUUAUUCAUCGCGCUUCAUCAAAGCAGCAUCCAGAACUUUGGGAGCGAUAUCAUGGUUUACACCUAGCGAAUGAUGCGUGGGAAAAUCGAUUAGGGGAAUGCCAAGUGCAGCUCGAGAGAAUCGUAUGGGAUAACCGAAUCAUGGCUAUAGUAGCUCGUAUUGUCGAUGAGGAGUGGCAAUGCAGUAACGAGAUAGCACAUGUUACUGUGGGUACGAGAGGAGAUGAUGUCAAGCCAAAGGAGAGCAAUGAAAUGUUAAAACGAUGGGCCUACGAGGGAAGUGGUGACUCUACUGGCAUCGGAGAAAUUGCUAUUCGGGGCGGAGUCGUUAUUAAAGGGAUCGUGAAGACUGUUGCAUCCAGGUAG